GUCGCUCUGUCCUGCCGACGGCAACGUUCAGCAGACUUCCGAUUAUGGCAGCGGAGGACACUUCAUGGGUAUUCGACUCCCUGGUGGGUUUCCUCCAAGGACCCAUCUGGAACGCUCCCGUGCUCACGUUCAUCGAGCAGAAAUGCGCAAUUUUCGACACAGGAGACACAGAGCACGAAGAAGAAUAUCGAAAGGUUCACGAUGAAUACAAAGACUUGGUAGAUGUUAUGCUCCAAAGUCACAUGGAAGAUAUUGGUAUUACUCCAGAACAAUUCGAAGAAGCUUGCGGUCAGAGGAAUAUCGGAAAAGUGAACUUCCAUGAGAGCCUUUUUGAACAAGUGUGGGCUGCCAACGACUACGAAAUCUUCAAACGAAUGAUGAUACAGAAGAAUUUGGAGUUACAAUUACAAGCAUUGGAGAUGAUUCAGCAAAAAUACGGUAUCACUCCACAAUCGUAUUUACCCGAUGACGAAACAAAAUUGCCUGCAGAGGAAGCACAAAUCAUGGAAGAGGUUUUGAAGAAGACGGUGGAAGAGUACAAGACGGCCAGCGCCAUUGCCGACGAGGGGACGCGCGAGCUGGAGCAGAGCCUCAUAUCGGAGGAGCGGCAGCGCCUGGAAGCGGAGUGCCGCCGCGAGAAGAGCCUGCUGCAGUCGGCCAUCCUGCAGACCGCGGAAGCAGACGCCGAGCUACCAGAGGCGGACCGGGCACCUGCUGCCGAAUCCAUCAGCAAUACUGCGGUAGUGGAGCCCUCGCCGCAGCCGUCUGCACCGGCGCUGGACGAGGUGGACGCGGAGGAGGUGGCGCGCCGCCAGCAGUACCUGCGCGCGCAGCGGGACAAGCUGCUGCUGCUCAAGAAGCAGGAGCGCGAGAAGAAGCUGCGCGCCGCCGCGGCCGGCAGCGCCGAGCGGCCAAGGUCCGCGCGGGCCGCCAGGGCGGCGCUCUCGUCGGGUGGCGCCAGCGGCGCGGCUGACGUCGACAAGGCCGGAGGCGCAGACAGCGCCAACCUGCAGGUGCGCCGCGCGCUGGCGCGCAGGCUCAAGUCCGAGGUGGUGGGCGCGCCCUAGGGCCGCGGCCGGCAGCCGCCCUAACUCACUAAUGCGUGGCUCCAUUUCUUUCAAAAUGCGUAAAAGUUUAAUUCUUUGAAACAUGAUCAGCCACAUGUGAAGACACGGAUUUUAGCGAGGUGCAUCACAGACAAGGUGUGUAUAAAAUAGAAUCGCUGUUCAAGCGACAAAAUUUGCGUAAAAACUCCUGUACUUAAACCAUUAUAAGUUUCAGUUACUCUUGAUGGCCCCUGGUAUCUGUAUAGUCAGAAACUUACUGGCAGAUUAAAACUGUGUGCCAGACCGAGACUCGAACUCGGAACCUUUUCCUUUCGCAGGUGAGUGCUCUACCAUCUGAGCUACCCAAGCAUGACUCGUGCCCCGUAUUCACAGCUUAACUUCUGCCAGAACCUCGUCUCCUUCUUUCCAAACUUUACAGAAGCUCUCGUGCGAACCUUGCAGAACUAGCACUCCUGUAAGAAAGAAUAUUGCGGAGACAUGGCUUAGCCAAAGCCUGGGGGAUAUUUCCAGAAACAUCCCCCAGGCUGUGUCUGUGCAAUAUCCUUUCUUUCUGGAGUUCUAGUUCUUCAUGGUUCGCACGAGAGCUUCUGUAAAGUUUGGAAAGAAGGAGAAGAGGCAGUGGCAGAAGUAAAGCUGUGAGUACGGUGAAAGACAAAGGUCCUGAGUUCGAAUCUCAUUCCGGCACACCCUUUUAAUCUGCCACGAAAUUUCAUAUCAGUGCACUCUCUGCUGCAGAGUGAAAAUCUCAUUCUGGAUCUGUAUAGUCAGUAAACUACAUCCAAAAUAUUUGCAUUCUGUCAUUUAAUGAAAUACUUUUCUUGAAAAAUUGUGAUUUGAGACUGUAACUAUAUGUUGCUUUAUAAAAACUACAAGACUUGCUGAAACAAUAGAACAUCUCAGUGAAUAAAUGAAACAUUAACUGAACAUAAUAGCUUCAAUAAAGUGACAGCCACUUAUAGUGCCAAAUCAUGAUUUUUCAAAAAUAUGAGGAAGCUAAAAGAAAUCCCCUCUUUUCACCAGUAGUUCUGAGUCAUUUCAGACUCAUGAUGAGAUAGGUUCUCCAGCAGGUUUAUGUAAUAAAUAUAAAGAGUCAUGUUAGGCAAUGAAGUUUUCUUCACUGUGGCAAAACACAGAAGGAAUAAAGGAUACUAUAGCUUCUAGAGUUGGUGUUAUCCAAAAUUUUAUGUGAACCAAUGAAUGUAUUUACUUACUGAAGCAGUUUAUGCAACUCUGAUGCUAAUUUAUCACUGGACACAUUCAUUACCACUGGCUUUCAUUGGCAUAUUUAGCUACAAUGCACUAUCACUAAGUAUUUGUGUUUAUGUUUUGCAAAACACUGCACAUAGUAAGAAAUUAAUUAUUGUUUCACUAAGUGACUGGUUGCAGUUGAUUAGAUACACCUGAAUUGAUAUACAGUCACAAUGUUCAAAAAUAUCUAGGAUGGAUAAAUUACAUUAGUUAUAAGCCAGUAUGCUUAUGCUAUCAUUACUGGUAAUUAUUUUUGCACUGUUGGGUAUUUUUGGUGAUAUUAAUAUCCUUCAACAUCAGUAAAAUGGAUACUUACUAUUAAAUUCUAGUUACACUGUUUUUGGUAUCCUGGAAGUAUAUAAGCCUAAGAUAAUCAUUUAAUACUAUAUGUUGUCCAAUACCAUGUAUCCAAGCUUAAGAAUCCAUAAGUACUUCAAGUUACUGGAAUAAUCUGUUAUUGAGUGGUAGUGAGCUAAGGGUCAAGGUUUUUCUGUAAGGCUAUUCAACUUAAAGUUCUUUACUAGUAUAUUAUUCUUUAUUUAACAACAUUUGGGAAUUAUUAAAAAAUGAUUGAAGUGCAGCACGCUUGUCAAUUCAUGUAUUGAGACUUUUCAUAAAAAAGGGUAACUAACUAAAUGUGAGGAUACAGAUUGAUGCUGAUGAGCGUUUCGAGUCUGUUGGUAAGUGAACAAUAUAUAAUAAGUCUUGAGCCAAAACUAGAAGUAAAGUACUGCCUUUAGACGAAAUUGUGGAUGCUGUCUUUAAUGAAUAUAUAAAAGUAAAAAAUUAGCAUGAGAAGAAGUCCAUCUGAACACACUACUUUCCAGUCAAAAUGCUCUUUGAUGAUCACAUAUUUCAGCCAGAGCAUCUCAUGGAGAUCAUUACUCAUAGUUGAAUUGUCGUUUUCUUAUAUCCCUUAUGUAGAAAAUUGAGUAAGAAAAUCGAAAUUAAUUCUAUUUCCCAAAUGCUUUAAUUAUUUUCUUGUGUAUAUCUUCUUACAUGUUUCUUUAUUUUUUGCUUUACAAUUUUUAUGUGUGGAAUACUUGUCUUACUAGUUCUCAUUCAGUUAAAUGAGAUUUAGUAUUCCAUUUUCCUUGUAACAAUGUAAAGGCAUCAGGUUUGUAAUUUGUGUUCCUGUUACACACAAAUAAAAGAGAAAGAAAUCUGCAGAGAAAACAAAAAAUUACCAAACAGAAUGAAGUACAUAAAACUGUUUCCCUUAUGACAUCAGCAGAAGGAUGUAAAAUUAUGACAUCGUGCAAUGAAGAAAGAAAUGAGGUUUUGUUGUUUGCACAACAUUUGAUGACUGCAGAACCAAGCAUAAAUAUUGUAUUUAAAGUUAUCUGUGUAUUCACAUCAUUGCUGAUGCAUAUAUGAAUAGAAUGACUUGAAUUUGACGAUGAAUUCUACAUAUUACUAUUUUGUCACACAUUUAUUGAUUGAAAUCACACCUUUCGCUUGUUAUCAUACCUUACUUUUUUGGAACUAAAUUAUUGAAUCACUUAUAUGCUUCAUUGAUUCAAUUCUUCUUUUUCUCUGUAUGUUACAGAUAAUCUUUUUUUCAAAACGUUAAUAUUUCUUGGAUGUACUAUUGGCCUGACUUGUAACACAUAAGUCUAUUCUCAUAGUAAAUCAAAUAAAACGUUUGACUGAAUUAAAUUUUCAGGGUUUCGAAAAACAGAAAAUUUAUUUAUAAGGAAAACUUAGCUAUCACAAAGAAUAUGUUAAAGUCAUACCCAGAAAUAAGUAACUGUUUAGGUUCCAUAGCAUAUUUCUGAAAAUGCUAGAUUUUAUAAAAAAUCUCUCUUUCUGUCUCUCUCCCUCACACACACACACACACACACACACACACACACACACACACACACCUUUUCAUAAGAGAGCUGAUUAUGGAAAAAUGAAGUACAUGCUGAUGUUUAUGUAUGUGUGAAGGAAAUAUUUAUUAUUUGUAAUAUUAUGUGAUAAAGGUAAUAGAAAUGCUUGUAAAGAAGUGUUACAAAAAAUAAAGGAAUUAUUUGUGUUUCUUAA